AUUGCCGGAUCUCACGUCGCAAGACCUACAGCACUGAGCGGUGUUGUUCCUUUGUUUAUCUACUAACGUCGUUUCUGCAUUUAUUUAACACUAGUUUAUCAACUGCACAGGUGGCGAAAUAAGAGGUCUCAUCUGUGCCUAAGUGAACAAACAAGCUUCACCUUGUACCCGGUGCCACUGGGCAGUCAGUACGCACGUGGAGUACUCACGUUUUGUGUAAAGAAAUGGGCUCCGAACACACAUCCCUGUUACUUCACACUGAAGUACGAUGGUUGUCGAAAGGAAAUGUGUUAACUCGAGUUUUUGAACUGCGCGACGAGGUGAAAGUGUUUCGAAGACUCUGAAAACAUGAGUUGGCGGAGUCAGUUUCUGAUGAUGAGUGGGUCGCUAAACUCUGACAUUUUUGUACAUUUAAAUGAACUAAAUAGAAAAAUGUAAGGUAAAAGUGAAAACAUAUUAACUAGUGUGGACAAAAUUCAAGGUUUCCGUGAGAAGUUGAAGCUGUGGUUACAAAAUAUCGGCCCUGGAAAUCUAGAAAUAUUUCCAACUGUGUUCGUAAGAUGUUACUUCCGGUAAUCGAAGAGCAUAUUAAAAUACUGAAACAGAAAUUCUGUGACUAUUUUGACAGAGACAUAGGGCAUUUGGACUGGGUUCUUAAUUCGCUUGCUAUAAUAAAAGUCGAAGAACUGACGGACCUUAAAGCUGACCGAACUUCGAAACUGAAGUUUUGUCAGACUUUUUUUGAUAACAGUGAGGGAAGAAUAUCCCAUAGUUACUGAGACGGCUAUAAAAAUCUUACGACGUACGUGUGUGAGCUGGGACUUUCGACGUUGACGGCCAGAAACACUGCAUAAAGGGAACGACCUCGGAGCGUGGAUGCUGAAACGAGAGUUGCCUCGUCUUCAGUUUCACCGCGUAUCGACCUUAUUUGCUCAACAAAGCAGGCAACAAGUAUUACGCUGACUAGCAAGUGAAGAUUCUUCCACGAAGACAUAAAGAUGUAAUACAUCGAUCAUUUGGAUUCUCUUCUACAAGAGGUCGACAGGUUGUAGUUUGGCUUGCGGUAGCAGACCUGAUGGCAUCAAUUGGUGUGUUUGUCCGGUCAUUUCUGUGGCUCUAUGUCAAAGACCUAGUGCCAGCUGUCAGUGACAGCCUCUCUAGUGUUGUCUUCUGCGCAGUUUCGUCUGCAUGGAUCCAAUUCUUCUACACUGCAACUUGGUUCUGGACACUGUGUUAUGCAUUUGAUGUAAGACGGAUGCUGAAGUCACAGAGCGAAUGCCCCAUUUGCUACCACAUCACUGCGUGGCUAAGUCCUGCUUUAUUGACAUCAGCGGGACUCUUUGUUCUUUAUGCACCUGACGCAAAUUGUCAUGAUGUCAGCACUCUGUCAGGGGCCCUGACACACAUCAUGCCAAACUAUGGUGCCACUUUCUUGCCCAUGGCCGCCAUCAUGAUUGUCAAUCCUAUUUUGUAUUGCUGUUCAACCCAAGAUGUCAAGUUCAUUAUCUCUGUCAGACUUGGUCAGUACACGCAAAAGGAACGCAAUACCGUUGAUGGAAUAAAGACCAAAUUCUUGUUCAUCACCCUGACUUUCUACAUCUGCUGGCUUCCAAACCUCAUCUGUGGAGUGCUGCUCUGGUCCCUGUGGGUUCACUUGCCACAGUCUGUGAUUGUAUCUUUGUGGUAUGUCAUGGCAGUGAUGAACCCUCUGCAGGCAUUAUUGAAUGCCAUGGUAUACCGGCGUUGGUCAUGCGAUGCAGAGUGCAUCAGUUGGCCAUGUUCACCUUGUGGAGACUCCAGUCCUCUGUCUGUUUACUCACAGCCCCACUCUUUCAAUCAUGUUGCCCCCCUGCAGGAUGAAGAUACUCCAUUGCUGCGCAGUCAUGAGGACAGAAUUCAUAAUACCAGAAUGAGUAUCAAUGGGAUUUAAACAUUCAAGACAGUUUUAAACACUUUGGUACUAAUACUGUAUUCCACAUUUUCUGGAAUAAGAAGAAGAAACUUUUAGUAUUCAUUAAAUACCGUAUGUGAUAUUUGAAAGUAUAUUGCAGUUCUGUGUUUUCUUUAAUAAAAUGUUGAAGCCAUGUUUUAAUUUCUGAGUUAGGCGUAACAGUUAAUAUGUUUGUAAAUCCAUCUUCAUUCCUGUUCAUAUUACUAGCUGUUUCAUAGUGAAUACUGCCAUAGCUCAAGGUUGUUUGUAAGGCACAAAGUCAUCACUGUGAUGAACAGGGCAGCACCGUGGCAGGUUAUUUAGUUUCUUUUUGCUGGUUAUCAUUCCAUGUAAGCUCCAAAUUCAUCUGCUACUGUACAUGAGAUGUAACAUUAUCACAUCCUCACUUCUCAGUUUGGAAUUCGCUACUGCCUCAGUAUGUAAUUGGACUCGGAGUAAAGGAGUUAACAUAAGACACAGAACAAAGCAACUGCAUAUUUUAUAUGUGUGUGAUGUGUGAUUUUAUAGUCAUGUUUUGCAUCAAGAAUGUUUGAAAAGACAAAAAGGGAUUUCAAUGGUUAAACAUGUUUUUUGUUACAGUAUCAUUAUUUUAUUAUUUCAAAGUAAUUGACUGUAACAAAAUAAGGAAUUUGAUAUACAGACAUGCUGUAUUUAUGUCUUACAAAUUUAAACUACAGCUGUAUUAAACACAGCUAAGGCAGAUAUAUUAUGUGUAUAUAAUUAUAAUUCUGCCAAAUAUUUAAAAUAUAAGAAAAGCGUAUAAUAACAGAAAUGUAAUGUAAUUAGUUUUAAUACAUGUGUCAUGUAGUUCAGCUAUAUUUUACUACUUCCUGUAAAACUAUGAGAAAGUUUGAAAUUGUCACUUUCUAUUAUACUGUCAAUAUCAUAGCCAAUGCAAAAAAGUAAGAGAAGUUUCUUAUAUUUAUGUAUUGAAUUUAAAGUAUUUACUUAAAAAAUUCUAUAAAUUCUUCAAUCUUAUAAUUUGUGAAAUGUGUUGCUUAUAACUAUGUUAAAUGGUCACAAUGGUAUGCCAGGCUCUCAAGAGGGGAUUUUCAAAGCAGAUGCAGUCAGCUGAAGAAGGGUAGUCUUUUAGCUUGGUGGUUGGGCAGUGGAAAGAAGAUCUCACCAUUAUCCGGCAUGAUACAAAAUGUUACACAGUCUGUGGGUUAAUUGAAAAUGGUAGCAAGAGAAAAUGAAAAGUAUAACCUAGAAGCAACUUUCUGCAGAUUCCCACAGAAUUUUGAAAAAUUAAAAGAAUUACUGUUGUCAGUUAUUGAAUGUAUAAGAGGUUAGAAAUGUUAGUCGAGCCAUUAGUACCCGAGAGUAUUUGUCUUGCUUCAGAUUUAAAGGCUGAAGAGAUAUAAAUUUCAAUGUAUUAACCGGAUUUCAGAACUGAUCAAAGCAGCACUUUUGGGACCUACCGUACAGUCUGCGCUAUCGAGAGUAUCACUAAAUGAAGUACAAGUAACAGGUUUUCAUUGACAAUACUCAAGGUCUGAUACUUACCUGGAAUCAUUAUAUCAUUACCCCUGCUUAAGUUUUUACUUCACUAAAAAUUACUUUUAUGACGAGGAACAACUGCUGUAGGUUUCAGACACCUGUAGGGGUCAUAAUUUAGCAGCUGCUGAUUAUUAAUCCAAAAGUUUCUUUUAGCUUUAUUGAAAGUUCUAUAUUACUGUUUCCAGCUUAGGUGACCUCAAAAUGAAGUGAAGGCAAAUUGGGAAAUGACCUGCCAUUUCCUUGACCCCCCCUUCCCCCCUUAUACAUUGCAAUUUAAUUUAGCUUCCAUUAGAGGAAGAAUGGAUUUAAGGGACAAGUUAAUGCUAUCACUUUGCUCGAUGGACCAGGUAUAAAUUAUAAUAAACCAAUCAUAUCAUCUUGAUCAUCAGAAGAACAAGACUGUAAUUAGCCAGUCACCUGUGACAGACUUAAAAUUAAUUAAUUAAGCAAGGGAGAAUUAGAUUUAUGAACAUGUGGUACUCCAAAAUAUCAAAUUCCCAAAUACUUAGAUCCUAAUUACUAAACAUAACAGAUGGCACAAGCUGGGCAGUAUUUAUUAUUACAAAAAUUUUGAAGAAACUUAAAAAUUAAGUUCUAUGAAUAUUCAAAUCAAGCUGGCAGUCUAUAAAUUUUUAUCAGGCUAUAUAAGAUUUAAAUCUUUCAUGGUGGCUGAAUGCUGUAAAGCCUUAGGCAAUCAGCCAUGUGAGAAUGAAUUUCAGAGACUGUCUCUGCCGCAAGCUUCACAACGGUGGCAGGGGCAGACUCCGGAAUUCUCUAUCACAUCUCCACUUCUGGUCUGGUUAAUUUGAUGUUAUAGUGCAGUCAGUCAAGUAUUAUGAACAUUCAUCUGUAUUUCUGGCAAACAUUGAUUAUAUUGUGUCGUAUGGUUAAGUGAGUGACUUAAAAGAACUUAUACUCAAAUGUAGAAGGUUAUCCAGUUUAAGUGAACACUAUCCAAAAAUAAACCUUGUCAAUUUUACCUGA